AUGAAAGAUAACGGAGCUUAUGACCUCUGUGCUAUUCAACACAGAGAUGCUUAUCUUUUAAAAGGAGCACAUAGAGGUCCGGCAUUUUGUCCGUGGCAUAGAGAACUUCUCAAAAGAUUUGAAAUACUGCUUAGGGAAGCUGCGGAUCAGACUAUGAAAACAACCGAUGUUUGUUUGCCGUAUUGGGAUUCGACUUUGGAGAGGCAAUUGCCUACACCUAAGGAUUCUUUAUUAUUCACCGAACUUGUAAAAUUAUUAAAUAUAAAUCAGAAUUAA